AUGGCUCCAGCCCCUGUCCCUGAGCCUCAGUUCAAAAAGGACGAGAAGGCGCUAUGUUUCCAUCACGAGCUGUUGUAUGAAGCCAAGGUCAUCGAGGUCAAGCCUAGCGAUGGCGACGACAGGAAGAGUGGCUUCCAAUACAAAGUCCACUACAAGGGCUGGAAGAACACCUGGGACGAUUGGGUUGCCGAGGACCGUCUCCGCAAGCUCACUCAAGAGAAUCGAGAGCUAGCCAACAACUUGAGGCACGAGGUGCUUGCCGCUCAACGCGCUGCCAGGGCUCAGCCUCCUCCGUCGAAGAAGAAGACGCAAGGCUCGACCCGAGGAAGUGAAGAGCGACAAAUGUCCGUCUCCGCCGCCGGACCCCGCGGCCAGAAGAGGAUGCGGGAUCAGGAUCUUGAAAAGGAAGAGACUUUCCAGAGUCGCCGCGCGGUUAGGAUCUUCAUGCCCGACAGGCUGAAGAGCCUCUUGGUCGACGACUGGGAGAACAUCACCAAGAACCUCCAACUAGUGCAACUACCAUCCGGCAAGCCUGCUGGGGUCAUCUUGGACGAGUACUUCGCAUACGCAGCGGCACCAGGCAUGCGCAACAGCGUCGAGACUGACAUCCUCGAGGAGGUCAUCCAAGGCCUGAAGGAGUACUUCAAUAAGAGCCUUGGGCGCCUCUUGCUGUAUCGCUUUGAGCGUGAGCAGCUUUACGACAUCUGUACUGACAUGGAGAACGCGACAUCGGAUCUCGCCGGCAAAACUUUGGCCGACAUCUACGGUGGCGAGCAUCUCCUCCGCCUCUUCGUUUCCAUGCCCGAGCUCAUUGCGCAGACCAACAUGGACGCACAAGCCGUCAACCGCCUUCGAGAAGAGCUUAGCCAGAUGACCACAUGGCUCGCCAAGGAACCUCAGGUCACCGCCUUCUUCUCGUCCAUCUACGAGAGCCCCGGUCAGGCAUACAUCGACAAGGUUAAGUCCAGCACCUAG